AUGGAAAGCAACGAAAAAUCGAAAGGAUAUGCCAAACUCUCGAUCCACUCAGUGACAGAAAACAUUAUCCCUCUGAAAGGCAAAUCAAAACGUGGCGGCAAUGAUAAAUAUUCGGCAGCCAAAUCAGGAGUACCGAUCCUCCCUAGCUUGGGUGGUAAAUUCACGCCCCUGGACGGAUCUGCCGCCCCUGUUGAUCGCUACAGCAAGAUUUACGUGGCUUUCAUCCUGUCUGGUAUCGGCUAUAUGCUACCAUAUACGUGUUUCAUUGUGGCUGUCGAUUAUUACCAGAAUCGAUUCCCACACUCGACGGUUAUCUUCGAUAUGACAACAGCCACCAUCAUCGUGGGCACCGUCGGGGUGCUGCUUAACAACGCCCUGGUGGAAACCGUCUCCCUGAUGUGGCGGGUCAUGAUUGGCUACAUCAUGUCCACCUCUUUGCUGCUCUUCCUGACCAUCUGCGACGUGACUCUGGAUGUCUUUCCCCACGACGCUGCCUACUGGGUGACGCUGGUAUCUGUGUCUGCCAUAUCGAUCGGAUGUGCGGUUCAACAGUCCAGUUUCUAUGGAUACGCAAACAUGUUACCAAGACGAUAUACACAAGCCGUGAUGGUCGGAGAAAGCUUUGCUGGAGUUCUAGUGUCGCUGAACCGCAUCAUUACCAAACUGUUGCUGAAGGAUGAGAGAAUCAAUACCACCAUCUUCUUCAUCAUCUCCAUCUUCGUCAUUGGGAUUUGCUGCUUUACAUUUACGGCCUUCAAGCUGACGCAAGGACAGUAUGCCUGCUUCGAAUUUGAGGUUCCUCCCAGACAAGAUCACAAUAAGGACACAUCAACCUCUUCUGACUGCACAGAGAAAACCAGCUCAGCCAAAGUCAACGACCAGUCGCUGGAGGAAACUGCCUGCAGACAGGGACGUAACUCAGACGUAUCUUUCAAGGGCCCGCGACUCAAGGCCCGCUGGGAAGUCACUAAACAAAUCUACCCCUACAUGACCUCAUUUGGCCUGACCUUCUACGUCUCCGUGUCCUUGUACCCAGGCAUCAUCUCUGAGGUGGUCAGUUGCCGACUGGGCACCUGGAUGCCUGUCCUGCUCAUGGCCUGCUUCAACCUGACUGAUGCCUUUGGCAAGACUCUUACAUCAAUAAAGCAAACCUACUCAAAGCUCCGCCUUCUGCUGUGUUCACUAGCUCGUUUUAGUUUAAUCCCAUUGGCCAUCAUGUGUUGUAAGCCAAGAUAUCACCCAAUCCUCAGCGGGGAGGUGUGGCCAGUUCUCGUCACUAUUGUACUUGGUGCCUCCAAUGGGUAUUUUGGGAGCUUACCAUUGGUCAUGGCUCCGAGUCAAGUUGCUCCACGUCACAGAGAACUAUGUGGAAACACCAUGAUGCUGUCAUUCACCUUCGGCGUCAUCUGUGGAGCCGUGACGUCAUACGGUCUGGAUCUUCUGAUCGGUCCCCACCCAGACAUGGAGUUCUGUGGCAACGUGCUGAACCGCACCAACACUGCGGGACUGGAGGUGACCGCCAGAACUGUCAAUUAA